UAGCAAACCAUAGAUAAUGUAGCGAACUUAACCUUAAAUAUUACAAAUAUGAUUAAAGUGUGAAUGAGAAUCAGUGCGGAUAAUCAAUUAAUUAAAAUAAGUUAUUUUAAUUCGAUCGUGCUUAUAAAAUAAGUAUAUUAUGGCGCUUUCUUUAAAUCAUUCAAUAAUUAAAAUAUUUAAGUUCAGCUCUGUAUUAAACCAAGGCAGCGUCAAAACUUUAAUAACUGGAUAUAAAUUAAAUGGCAGUAUUCAGCAUCAGUCGAGAGUUGUUGCUAAAAUGAAGGUUUCGUGCCAACAGCACUGUAAAACACUUUCUGAUAAGAGUAUUACUUGUGAUAGUAAAGAAUCAUUAAGUGAUGUUAUACACCAACUUUAUCUGCCCUCCUAUAAUUGCAUAAAUUAUUCAAAUAAUUUGAGGAGUUCUCGAUUCCAUUUAAGUACACAAACCAAAAGUGAUAGAGUGUUAGCAAAGGAUAAUGCAGACAGUUCUGACAAAAAGGAUCCAGAAAAAUUACGACGGGUUUUUUUAACUUUAUCUGAUAAUUUACCAAAAUUAUUCAUUCAAACCAUGGAUUAUAAUAUCUACCAUGAAAAUAUGAUAUUUGAAAACAACAUAACUGGCAGGAAAACAGUAGGACUUUAUAAUUAUGUGAAGCAAAUUGCAUUAUUAAGAACAGUUGGUCACCUAAAAUUUGCAUAUGUUAAAUUCGAAGUACUUAAAAUAACGCAGCACCCUGAAGAUUUCACUGUAAAAGUUAGGUGGCGUAUCAGAGGUAUAUCUGGACUUAAAGUACUUGCGCUGUUUUGGAAAUACAAGCUGUGGGAUAUAGAGAGAUUGUUUAAUAAAGCAGAAGGAUGGUAUGACGGGUUUUCGACAUUUUACGUUGAUAAUAACGGAAAGGUGAUAAAACACGUAGCGGACAAGAUGAUGCCCGAUUCAGAACCAGAACUGACAAGAUCAAAAUUGCCGACGCUCGAUGGUGCGACAAAGUUAGCAUUAAUUGUAGGUGUAAUUCCAAAGGACAUUCUUUUUCUAUAAGCGAAAUAUUGUCGAUUGUGACUAGUUAAUGUAAGAUAGACUCUGCUUUUAAUUUAUUAUUAUAAAUUUGAAUUUUUACGCUCGUUGA